GGUCACUUUUAAAAUUUACCGCGCAGAAGACAGAGUGAGGGUAAAACCGAAAACACCCGAAGCACUAUCUCGUAGGGACACUUUUAGUAAAAAAAAAAAAUAAUAAUAAACAUAACCAUAUACUACAAGUAAAAAUAAAAACCAAGUGUUGAUAAAAUAAAAAAAUAAUAAUGGCAUCUAAUGAUGAUACUGAAAUAAAUUUAUCCGAAUUAUUUGACAGUGGAUUUUUACUGUUUAACAGUAUAAUGAAAAGUGAUGAACCAACAAAUAGUUUGACAGUUCAAUUGGAUGUUAAAAAAUGUAUAAGUAUUUUUGAAAAUGCGACAAAAUUAGUUUCCAUUGCUGAUAUUUUUAGUAAAAAUGAAGACUACAAUGAAAUACCUACAGAACAUCUUAAAUAUUUUUUAUUACCAGCAUUACUUGGUACUUUGGCAACUAAAAUAUGUGAUCGUGACAAUCGAAUGCAUUAUUUAAAAGUAUCACAGGUUUAUUUUUAUGAUUUUCUUGAACGAGUUAAAUCGUAUGGUAUCACCCAAGUUGAAAUUCCAAAAUUAAAGAGCGAUGAUGAUUCCAAUGAUGAUAAUGAUGAUGAUGAUAAAUGUAAACAAGUUAAAAAAUCACAAACAAAUACAGAAAUGAUUCAAGAUAUGAUGACUGUACGUCGUUUAAAAUUGCAGCGUUAUAAAGAACAAAAAGAUCUGAAAGAAAAAUUAGAAAUUUAUCAAAAGAGUAUGGACAAUCCUAAUAUUGAUGAUGAAACCAAAAGAAAUUACUUUAUCACUUUAAUAAAAUUAUAUGUCCUCGAGUCUAUUGAUGAAAUAAAUUCAUUGGCUGAAGAAAAAAACAUAUUGGAGCAGAUGGCGAUGAUUAAAAAACAUGAUGGGGAAGAAAGUAAAAGUAAAAAAGAAUACCGACCUCCUAAAUUACAACCGAUAAUUAUUACACGUAAUGAGAUGCAAAAGAGAGUACUUGGUGCUGGGUAUCCAAGUCUACCGGUCAUGACUGUUGAAGAGUUUUAUGAGAAAAAAGUUGCUGAUGGCGAAUGGGCUGCCAACACUGGCCCUGGACAAACUCAAGUUGCUGGUAAAAGUCUUCAGGAUAUGGCGAAUCAGAGUUCAUCUGAAGAUCCAGAUGUUUUGAAGAAAGAAGAGUUAGUUGAAAAAGAUGAUGAAGAAUAUCUUGAACAGAUGAGAGCUAUGGAUGAGUAUAAAGAUGAUCAUAAACGCGGCUGGGGAAAUCGCUACAACAGAAGCUGAAUUAUUUAUUAUAAAUUUAUCCAUGUAUUGUAAUAUUUUUAGUAUUAAAAACGAUUUCAUUAUUAUUAUUAUUUUUGUUUAUUCAUUUUCUAAAAUGUAUUUUUUUAUAUGUUUAAUUUAAAUUCAUGUACAGAUCAAUUUAAUAAAAUAAUAAAUUCAUAGA